AUGUACUAUCCACCUCCAGGACCUCCUCCGGGGCCUCCGCCUCCCUGGCCUCCUGCGGGUCCCAAUUGGCAGCAUCCGCAUCCCCCGCCUCAGCCCUACCACGCGCCUUAUCAAGGACACCACCAACGCCCUUCUUACUCGGGGCCUGCUCCCUAUCCCCAGCAGCUUGGCCAGCCUUCACGACCACCCUAUGCGCACACCCCUUCACCUCAGCCUUACGGCCAUGCUCCUUCUCCUCAGCCUUACGCCCACACGCCCUCUCCUGGUCCAUGGGGACAUACCCCGUCUCCACAACCGGGAAGUAUACCCGGUGCCUACCGGAAUGGGCCAACCCCAAAUUCCAAUAACGUGCCCCCACCGCCGCCGCAAGGCUACCAGCACUUCGGCGCUGGCGCACCAUCCAAUUACAACUUCCAGUACUCUGCAUGUACUGGACGACGAAAGGCCCUACUGAUCGGUAUCAACUACACCGGCCAGCCGAAUGCAUUACGUGGUUGUAUCAACGACGUUACAAACAUGUCGUCUUUCCUGCAUGAUAAGUUCGGUUAUCGUCGCGAAGACAUGGUCAUUCUUACCGAUGAUCAGCGCAACCCGCUGAGUAUCCCAACCAAAGCGAAUAUCAUGCGUGCGAUGCACUGGCUGGUCAAAGAUGCCCAGCCUCAUGACUCACUCUUUAUCCAUUUCUCUGGCCACGGAGGCCGCACGCCAGACUUGGAUGGUGACGAGGACGACGGAUUCGACGAUGUUAUCUACCCGCUCGACUAUCGUGUGGCAGGCCAUAUUGUCGACGAUGACAUGCACGCCAUCAUGGUGCGACCGCUACGACCCGGUGUGCGAUUAACCGCCAUUUUCGACUCAUGCCACUCCGGUACCGCUCUCGACCUGCCAUACAUCUACUCCACACAGGGUGUGCUGAAGGAGCCAAAUCUGGCCAAGGAAGCAGCUCAAGAUUUAUUCAGCGUUAUCAGCUCGUACGGACAAGGCGACCUAUCUAGUGUCGCGUCGACUGCGAUCGGCUUCUUCAAGAAAGCGGCCAAUGGUGGCCAAGCGCGUGAGCGCACAAUCAUGACCAAAACCUCACCAGCCGACGUGGUUAUGUUCUCCGGAUCCAAGGAUACACAGACAUCAGCGGACACAUUCCAGGACGGACAGGCGCGUGGUGCCUUGAGUUGGGCGUUUAUCAAAUCUUUGCAACGGUGGCCCCAACAGAGCUACUUGCAACUGUUAAACACGAUCCGGUCGGAGCUCGACGGGAAGUAUACGCAAAAGCCGCAGCUGAGCUGCAGCCAUCCCCUUGAUGUAAAUCUCCGCUUUGUGAUGUAA